UCAGACCCGUUGCACAGCCAUACUGUCUAAUUUGAUAAUAGUUUACCGUAACAUGACGAGCAAUGGCGGCAUAUCCGGUGUGUUGCUUCGAGGUUGUUUGUAAUUUCGAUUUCGUCUCCCUAGGAAGAUGCUCUGAACAAGUCGGCCGUAAUUUUGAACGAAAACGCUAGGAAAUUAUUCGUUUCUUUCGAGUCAAAUGCAAAUUUACGAACGCAUGAAUGGGGAAAGCCUGUUUGGUAAUCGCCAGAGUGAAGAUUCGAAUUAUUAAGAAUCAUUUGCAUAAAGCGAAUUAGCGUCGACCAGUGGCCAAGGAAAUCGGAACGGGGACAUCGAGCGGUAACAUGGUGAAAGGAAGACGAAAACGUGUACAAGCGAGAAACGUAGUUCGUACGAGAUCUGCUGUUUUAUCCUUGCAAUACAACGACACAGGUUCACCAAUGAAGAAGGAAGCCAAAUUAGAUAAUAGUAGAAAUAUAGAGAACAAUGACCCGGAUGAAAUACAUAAAUCUUCCAUGUGCAUCGGUUCCUUCUGUUACGCACGGAUCGCACACAUUUCGAGCCCUGAUGUCUCGAAGAGUAAAGCUUCCAUAGUAUCCUUUGAAGAAAACUUUUACGGACACGAACAAACUACCGGUGUACAAAAUGAUAUUAUCACGGACGUUGCCCAGUUCAGGACAGAUGAAACACCUGUGGCUGUACCAAUUCACGGGCCAUCGACGCCACACAGGAUAAACAUGCCAAACAAUCAAUUAGAAGAUUUAGACGAACGAAAUACAAACGACGAUAAGGAUAAGAAGUCUGCGGUAUCGACGCCUUGUUCGGAGCAACAACCUUUAAAGAAACCUUCUAACCGUGGCCGUAGAAAAUUGAAUAGCAAUCUAAUUACGAGUCAUCGUGCGACGGACUCUACAAACGUUAAAAGUACAAAUCACAAGCUCACAGAUUAUUUCCCGAUACGCCGAAGUGUGAGAAAAUCUAAGAAAGCUGUAUUAGAGGAAAAGCAACGCGAUAUGGAAAAUAAAGUGCUUUGUCAAGUAGAAGAGGGUUUGGAGAUAAGACAUUUUAGCGGCAAAGGUCGCGGGGUUGUAACAACGCGAGCAUUUACAAAAGGCGAGUUCGUAGUUGAAUAUGUUGGUGAAUUGAUCGAUCAAAUAACAGCAAAAAAGCGUGAAAAUCUAUACGCUCAAGAUCAUAACACCGGAUGUUAUAUGUAUUAUUUUCAACACCGUAAUCAUCAGUAUUGCGUCGAUGCAACAGCAGAGACUGAUAAGUUAGGUAGACUAGUAAAUCAUUCAAGAAAUGGUAAUUUAAUUGCACGAGUCAUAGAGGUAGGUUCGACGCCUCACUUGGUACUUACGGCAAAAGAAAAUAUACCUGUCGGAGUAGAAGUUACUUACGACUAUGGAGAUCGGAGUCGCGAAGCCAUUCGUUAUCAUCCAUGGUUAGCGUUAUAGCGCUUUCGAAUUAACUUAUAGAAUGGUAUUUAUAUUGUACAGCAGAGUUCAAAAUGUAUUUCGUUCCUCCUAUGAAGGAAUAUUAUAUAUAAUUGUUUAGUUGAAUUUUAUGAAACAACAGUACUCAAAGAUAAAUACAUUUAUAUACAUAUGACUUUGCUUCCUUCGGUAUGUUUCGAAUCUUGUACUUCCUUAACUAUACUAGGGAACGAUAACUAUAGAAGAGGAAUUAGAAAUACUUCGUAAGUGAAUAGUAUCGAACUAUAUCACGUCUUUUCAUUUCUAAAAUCAACCAGACCUACCAAAUAUACAUUAAUACUUCAAAUAUUUUUUUUUUUUUUUUACCCAGAUGUUUAAAUUGCAAAGUAACGUUAUUUCUGUCGAUUCGUCACUGGCAUGUCGCAAUUAAUAAUACGAAAAAUAACUCGAUAUUCACUCUACGAACAAUCUAAUUACGUAACGGAAAGAAUUUUCUUGUUGAUAAACUAUAUUAGCAAUUUCUAAUUUUUUUGAAGCAUAAAUAAAUUUAUAUAUCGUCAUUCAUUUGUACUCAAUGUGAUUCACUAGAAAAAUUAAACUUUAACCCUUUGACGCAUGUUGGCAAAUAGCUGCCCAGAGACGCUCGCUCGUCGAGCAGCUCCGUCCGUAAAGGGUUUAAUUAGCAAGAAAUGACUAAGCGAUUUGCAUGUAUGUUUCUAUUGUAAAAGAAAUUAUUGUAUAACUCGCACCUAAGUACUUUUUCUUAAUAUUUCGUCAGUAUUUUUUUUUUUAUGAAAUAUCUAAUAUUUACUAUUAUAUUGCACAGACUACGCAAUAAUAGGUUAUAAGACGUAUUAAAGAUUGUCUGUUUCAAUUCUGCAAUUCCAUUAACGUGAAUAAUGUACUAACUUCUAAUAUUUAUUUCUAUUUUUGUUCAUACGUUGACGCAUUUUGUACAUCGUAUGAUGCACAUUAAUUAUCAAACUAUAAAAUCACUUGCAUUAUCGUAAAAGACAUCUACAUUGAUAGUAAUAUUAUACAUGUUAAUGUUUGUAGUAAUUCUCAUUAUCAUUAGUAUAUGCAAAACGCAAAAUGUUCAAACGAAAUCUUAUUUUAACGAAACCCUAGGUAAAGUGUGUAAUUUUGUUCGAAGUUGUAAAUAAAUGAUCAUAAAAAUAA